AUGGAAGAAUCUGGCUAUGAACCUGAGAAAUGGCCGUAUGUCGCACAAACAUUUAAAGCUGGUGAGGUACAAUCACCAAUUAACAUACUUCCGCUUAAUGCUUAUAACGCAAGUUUAUCAAGUUUGUUAUACUUUCGAUAUUGGCGUGAAGAUAGCGUGGAAAUUAAAAUAGGACACAACGGACGAGCACUUCAUAUUCGUAGUAUGACGUAUGAAGAUAUAAAUCAUAUUAGUGCUCACAUUACUGGUGGACCAUUAUUCGAAAAAAAAUAUACAUUUUCUCACAUGCAUAUAUAUUGGGGUGCCAAAGGAGAAGAAGGAAGUGAACACCAAAUCAAUUCCCAGGGGUAA